AGAGCUUCGCUUUCAAAGCCCUUUGGCAGGUGUGGAAAGAUGGCUCAUGCCCGGAUCUCCAUGUACUUGCCUCCCGACAUUGACCCCACAAAGGCUGCCAUUGCUUAUGGCUGUCGGGCCUUGCCCAAGCUUAAUGAAGAGCUGCAAUCAGAGAUUCUCCUGACAAGGCAGAAAGCCCUAGUGGCUCUGUGUGACCUCAUGCACGAUCCUGAGUAUGUCUAUGAGGCUAUCAACAUAGGCUGCCUGGAGAGCCUGAAGGCCCUGCUGAGUGAUGAUGACAACCUGGUGCGGAUAAAGACCACCGAGGUGCUGUACAUCAUGGCCACCCAUAACGUAGGCAGAACUGGCUUCUUAGAGCAUGAUGUCAUCAUAGCCCUGUCGCUCCUGCUGAAUGAUCUUCAGACAGUCUGCAGGGAAAACCUACACCAGGCAUUCAAGCAUCUGGCGCAGCUGCCCGAAGGUGCCCGGGGCAUCGUCAACAGUGGCCUGAUCCCGUCACUAGUACGGAAGCUGCAGGUAGAGGAGGAACACAUUCAGGAGAUCAUCUUGGACACUCUGGCACCAUGCCUGCAGGAGGAUGCCACUGAAGCUCUAAAAAGCCAAGCUGUGCCCCGCUUUAAGGAGAAGCUCCUUAGCGCCAACCCCCAAAUCCGCAGCAAGGCUGCUCGGGCACUCAUUGCCAUCAGCGUCCCUUUGGAGGGCAAGAACCAGGUGUGGCAAAACGAUGUAAUUCCAAUCCUGGUGGAACUAUUGUCGGACUCUGAGGAAGAGGUACAGGCUAAUGCGGCUGGGGCCCUGAUGCAUGCGACAGUGACCACUGAAGGGAAAUACGCAGCCCUGGACGCAGAGGCCAUUAGACCACUCCUGGAGUUGCUUUGUUCCACGCCCACGAUCAAGGUGUGUCUGAAUGCCACCAAAGCCCUCACCAUGCUGGCUGAGGCCCCCGAGGGCCGCAUGUUACUGCAGCCCCACGUGCCCACCUUCCGUCUCCUCCAGAUGCAUAAAAAUGAGGCCAUACAACGAGCAGCCCAAGUAGCCAUCAAAGUGAUUGAGUGGAGGCCAUGA